AUGGCUUUUGGGAAAAAAAGUAAUCACAGUGAUGAUCAAGAAACACAUGUCAGCGAGACACAAGAUUUCAUUAACCUUGAUGAUGAGGUUCAGGAAACAUCCGCAGCAGGUGGAAGUCAAUCGAAAAAACCAACUGAAGAAACGACUUCUGAUCCAACAAAGCCGCUCCUUAGUGAAGUAACCUACACGGGUGUCGGGAAGAGCAAGAAUCCUGGCGGUAGUAAAACAUGGGUUUGCAAUCACUGUAAGUGCACGUUUACGAGCACUUACACAAGAAUUCAUUACCACUUUUUUGGGGCUGAUGGAAAAAAAGCCGACAUUAAAAGAUGUUCGGUCCUACUUAGAGACCAGGAGAAGUUAAAAAGGCUUUUGAACAAGGUAAAAGAAGCAGAAUCUGGUGGAGUUUCAAAGUCGUUAAAAAAUUCGGUUCUAUCGAAAAACUCAUCCUCGAAGAAACGGCUUGAAGAAUCGUUUGCCAUGUUAGAGAGAAACGAGGUAUAUUUGAAGAUUAUUCGUGGUUUGUGGGCUAAUGGGAUCCCAUUCAAUGUUUUACGCAACCCGCAGUUUCUUGAGAUGGUGAGUGCAAUCAAGAAGGCACCAGAUGGAUACAAACCCCCGUCUAGUGAAAAAGCGAGAACCACAUUACUUGACGCGUGUGUACGGGAUGUUGAGAAGGAGCUAGCACCGGUCAAAGACACUUGGUACACACAGGGAGUGUCGAUCGUCUCGGACGGGUGGACGAAUGUCAAACAUAACCCAUUGAUUAAUGUUCUCGCGGUAAAUUCUCGUGGUGCCAUGUUUAUGUACGCGGGAGACUUCUUAGGGGUAGAGAAAAAGGCUGGGGUGAUUGCGAAUUAUCUUAUUGACGCGAUCGAGACCGUUGGAUCAAGCAACGUGUUGCAAGUCGUAACAGACAAUGCGGCUAAUUGCAAAAAGGCCGGGGAAGAGAUCGAGAAGGUAUAUAAGCAUAUUUUUUGGUCGCCUUGUUGUGUGCAUACUUUAAAUCUUAUUUUUAAAGACUUGGGGAACGAGUUUUAUUGGCUAAACGACACAUAUAAGAAAGGUAAGGCUAUUGUUAAGUAUUUUCUUAACCAUACACAUGCCUUAUCAAUAUUUAGAGAAAAUUCAAGGUUGGAAUUGUUGAAGGUUGCAAAAACAAGAUUUGCGUCACAUUAUAUACUUUUGCGAAGGUUAUUGGAUUGUAGGGAGGCACUAGCCACUACUAUCGUCCUCAAUUCUUGGCGGGAUUGGAUGAAAAGUGGGGAUGCAAACGCUAGAACAGAGGGGGCAAACAUCACCGAAACGAUUAAAGAUGAAGAGUUUUGGGAAUCCGUGGAGAAUAUUUUAGCCAUUACAAAACCUAUUUUUUUGCUAAUCAAGUUUUGUGAUGGUGAAGGUCUUAAAAUGGGUGAAAUCUACGAAAAGAUGGACAACAUGGUUGGAGAAAUCAAAGAUGUCAUGAAGGAUAACAAAUAUGCAGGUUAUUUUGAGGAAAUUAAUCAGAUUGUUUUGGCUAGAUGGGAUAAAAUGUCAAUCCCACUUCAUUGUUUGGCGCAUGCUCUGAAUCCAAGGUUUUAUGAUAAACAUUAUCUACAAAAGUUGGCCCCCGGUGACGUUAAAAGAAAAGCUCCUAACCUAGAUGUGGAAGUUUCAGAUGGUGUUAUAGAAGCGUUUAAAAAAAUCGGGGAAGACGAAGAGGAACGAAGUAUGUUGCGGGCACAAUUUGCAACGUUUCAUAUGAAAAAAGGUAUUUUUUUCGAGGAGCGCGGCACAAGCUGA